AUGGAAGCUCUUGAGUUCAUGGACCUUGAUAUGCUCGAUGUUGUCAAUAAAUGUCCUAUCGCCGCUAUACAUCAAGCAUCCAGUGAUGGUGCAUCUGGUAGUAAGUUGAAAGGAAAACUAGUCCUCGGAUUCAACAAGGAAGAGAAGAGGAUGUUGAAUCUCAAUGUAAAGGAGAGAACUGGUAUUGGAAAGUCACUCCCAUUCUAUGUCUAUCGUUUGGUUCAAAACUAUUCAACAACUCAAGAGAUGAUGAUCACUCAAUCAUCUGAUUUUGAAAAGGAAAACUCCUCAGACGAUGAAUGUACGUGUCUCAUGGCUCAGAUUGUUGAACCACACACUGAAACUGAUCAUGACAACAUUGAGAUCCUUGACGCAGAUCAACCUUAUGCUGCAAAGGACCUCAAGUCAGAAUGGGACGACACCUUAGUGUAUUAG